GUGAAUACCAAAGAGCAUAUUACUGGUGAAUACAUACACAACUUGUUGAUAACUAAGUGUAACUAAUACGACUAGAAUUUAAAAGUUCCUCCCUCCAUUAUUCAGCAGUGCAAGUAUUGAUUUUUCAUCUAGGUGUGACGACGUGGGUUAUUUAUCUAUCUAUUAAAACGACCUGAUUCAAGAAAAGCUCACGCUUCUUGUGUUAUAUAGAAGUCACGAUGGAAAAAAGUUGGAAUCCUCCUCCGUAUGGCUGGGCUAACGCGCAUACAACGCAGCCACCACCAGCUGCGCCCCCGAGCUACUCUCAAGCUGUUGGAGGUGUUGGUCCUUCGAGCCCUUAUACUCCUCAGUAUCCUCCAUCUUCAGGACCUUCGAUAGUGACGACGGUGGUGCCUGUUGGUCCUCAUCCAACUCACAUGAUCUGCCCCAGCUGCCAUGCUGAGAUAGAUACAGCUACUCAGACAAAGCCAGGCCUAAUUGCUUAUAUAUCUGGAGCCAUAAUUUGUCUUGUGGGAUGCUUCUUCGGAUGUUGUCUCAUUCCAUGCUGCAUUGACAGCUGCAUGGAUGUGCAUCAUAAAUGCCCGCAUUGUGGAGCUUACCUUGGCCGCUACCGACGAUAAACAUAAUCGUUUCAACGACGAAAAUAAUUACGUAAUUGAAAAACGAAACAUUGAAGAUCUGCAUGGGAAAUCUCCAUUUACUUAAAACCCUGCCUAUCUUGAUUUAGCUUUACAAAAAAAAAAUACAAAGU